AUGACGCAGCCCUCCAACAGUACCCUCCCAACCACGGAAGAUACCAUGGACCCAACAACCGACUUUUUCGCCGAAUACAAUCUCGGCCAAGCUCUCGUGCCCGCGGACGAUGGCAUGUUCCAGACCGUGUGCAACAACCUCCGCGACCCCUUCACCAACCUUCCCGAGGCCCAUCGCAUCUACCUCACCGGCUACGACCGCGCCACCGACAUCACCGCCGUCCGUGGCCGCCUCGUCCACGUGACCCACGGCACCCUCGUGCCCACCUCCAACUCCCCCACCAACCCCAGCCGCCCGGCCACCCUCAUCGUUUUCGAGUGGCUGCUCAUCCCCGGCCGUCUCGGCCGCCGGUUUAAGGAAGUCAACAUCGACGUGACCUUCUCCGCUGAGGGCAAGCGGCAGGGGGCGUAUACACUCCGGGAUAUUGAACGGUUCACCCCGUCUGUGGAGAAGGUGGCGCCGAGCGUGCCGUUGAAGACGAGGGUGAGGGCGCGGGGCGUGACAGAGGAGGUUUCUAUUAAGGGAAAGUUGAUGGUGGGAUAUCCGCCGAUUGUGCAAGCGGGGCCGGAGGUGUCGAAGAGGACGAGGGUGGAUAUGACGAAGCUGGAUUUCACGUUUGCGGCCGGGUAUCCGACUUUUGUGAAGAAGAGCGGGGGCGAGCCGAAUUCUGUGCAUUGGACCCUGCGGGAGAAUGCCUCGGAGGAGAGCGGACUACCGAGCCUUGUACGCACUGCUGUAUUGGUGAAAAGGAGAGAGCGCGACAACCUGGGCCAGUUCAAGGCAGAUAUCACUGCCAAUAUCAAGGCUUCGCGAGUAGGUGAUCGAGUUAAGUCCUUCCGGAAACUGGUAGGUUUGGCCCCCAAGGACGACCCGCUGUUUUUCGAUCCGAGGGUCUCUGCAAAGUCGGAAAACGGCGCGGCUGUGUUGGAUGGGAGCCAGGAUGUGACAGGCAAGACAAGUCCAGUGAAGGACAAGCGCCAUCUGGCCGCCAAGAACCUUGACGACUUCCUUGUGUUUCACGAAGACCUCCAGGAACAACCCGCCGGAGAUCAAAGUGUGGCUCAGGCUGGGAUUGAAGCUGCUGAUUCAUGGGGUCAAGCCACGGGUCUUUCUGACAGUGGGGUGCAGAUUAGCAUUUAA